UCCAUCAGACACAACACAAAAGAAGUGGUUCUGGAGAGAACUCCCGACAUACAUCCCAGAGACACCAAACACAGCAAUGAUGGGAGACUACAACACGGUGGUGCAACCAGGCCUGGACUCCCCCCACGGGGGACCGAGAAACCGGAUGCAGAAGCGCUGUAGAUAAUGAUGGCGGAGCUUGCAAUGGAAGAUGUGUUUCGUAAAUCAUGGCCAGAAGAGAAGGGGUUCACAUGGACGGGGGCAGGGGUGGGAAGGAGGAGUCGCCUGGAUAUGGCGUGGAUGCAACAGGACCUGCUGAGGAAACUGGUCCGUAUCACGACUGUGCCGGUGGCCAUGUCGGAUCACAAAAUACUGCUAGCGGAACUUCUGCUCCCAGCGGCAAUGGCCUCCCGGGCACAACCACCGACAGUGCCACAUUGGAUGUUUCAAGACCCCCUACACGUGCGGCUAGUGAAACAGCACUGGGAAUGCUGGGCAACGCUGCGCAAGGCUGAGGUAUCUGCGACGCAACACUUUCAGGCAGGACUGGGGGAGUUGAGAAGGUUGAUGCUGAUGCGGGCGAGGGCUACGAGACAAGCCCACUUGCGUACAGGAGAGGAAUAUGCCAGAAAAUUGGAGGAACUGGGAACAGAGCCGGGAGAAGAAGAGGAGGAAGAAUGGUGGGUGCAAUGGUCCACAGUAAAAGCCCAACGGGAAGAGUGGGAAAGAGACGAUGCAAAGCGUUGGGGUAUGUUGACGAAGGUGAAAUGGGUGCGCUUAAAAGAAAGAAUGACGGAGGCGUUCUUUAAACAAGGCCAAUCCAAAAGGGUGGCGAGACCAAUCAAGGUUCUACAACAUCCCUUCCAGGAAGGGGCGCCGCUGGCCGACACCACACAACAGCUGCUGCAGUAUGUGCAAGACUUCUACGGAGAACUGUACACGGAGACGGAAGAAUGGGAGAUGCAAGCACUGCGACAGCAAGCUUGGGACCAAAUAUGGGAGAAAUGUGGAUCUACCCUGACAGCGGAACAGUCGGUGAGACUGAAAGAGGAGAUUACAUUGCAGGAAAUUAAGACAGCCUUGUCGGACCUGCCUAAAAAUAAAGCGGCCGGCCCGGACGGUAUGCCAAUGGACCAUCUGCAAGCAGCGAGCGAUGUGAUCGGUCCCUUGCUGUUGGAGAUCUGCAACUCAUUCUUCAAGGACGCGCAGGUACCCCCGGAGGGAUUUGGUGAGGCGAAUAUCAUCCUUCUAUACAAGAAAGGCAACCCGACGGAGAUACGAAAUUGGAGGCCGGUGUCAUUACUUUCGGCGCCAUACAAACUAUAUGCUAAAGUACUGGCUAACCGAUUGACUGCGGUGCUUCCGGGACUUGUGCACCCCACUCAAACUGGGUUUGUUCCGGCUAGACAAAUACUAACCAAUGUUAUAAUGGUCAGAGAGGUUUUGGAAAGGGCAACGGAGCAAGAACCGCCUUUGGCCGUCAUGCUUUUAGAUUUUGAGAAAGCGUAUGACAGGGUGCGAUGGAGCUUCCUGCUACAAGGAUUGGAGGGGCGAGGAAUCGGGGUGAGAUUCAGAACGGCAGUGCAGGUACUACUGGCAUCAGCAACAGCGGCGGUGCAAAUUAACUGCUUCAGGACGAACCUGCUGAAGGUCACAAGAUCGGUACGGCAGGGAUGCCCCCUGUCUCCGACAUUGUACAUCCUGUACGUGAAACAUCUCCAUGAAAUGCUGAGACAAGACACAAGGAUUAAGGGACUGCCCCUCCCGGGACAGGGAGAGCUAAAGUCCAACAGCUUUGCGGAUGACACAGCGGCUUUCGUGGAAUGUUCGGAGGGGUGUGUACAAGCGGUCAGAGAACAAGUCGGGACUUUUGAGACAUAUGCGGGAGCGAAGGUUAACUGGCAGAAGUCGGUGGUGAUGCUGCCAGCAGGGAGAGGGGCGGAAUGCUUCCCGGAUAUGCGUAUAGUGCAAGGAGGAAAGAACACUAAAUACCUAGGAAUUCUGAUACCUGCGGUGCUAUCCACGGGAGAGCAAAUGGAGAACCUGUUGAUGACGACCAUAACAAGGAUGAACCGCUGGGCCGGAAAAACGGAUGUUGGCAUCUUGGGAAGGGUUCUGGUGGCGAACAACGCAGUGUCAUCCAUGCUUUGGGUGGUGGAUCUGUGGGAUGAGGAGAGGGGCGAAUGGAAGGAAGAUGCACAGCUGGAGGCAGCGCUCAGACAUCAGGCGGAUCGGAAGCAGCGAUUGGACCAAGUAAGGAAGGCGAUCCCGGAGGCAUGGAAGCAAAGGCUGAGCCACAACAGAAGGGCGGGGGGCCUGUGGCUCAACCUGCAGCUGGUGGUGCCAACGUACCAAUGGAUGGCUGCAUACAGUGCAUCAACAGACACACUAUGCAAAGCUUGCGGACAGAAGGAGGAGACCAUCCCGCACCUGUGGCUGGAAUGUGACCCGCAGAGAACGUUUUGGGAAUGGUGGGGCACAAUGGGAACCAAGGUGCCACUACAUCCUGGAUCGCCCAACCACAGGGCGGAGGUACUAGUGGGCCAGAUAUUGGUGGGAGGAGCGACUCGCCCUGUGCAGGCGUAUGCAGGGGAUAUGAUAAGAGGCGCAUUCUGGGUGGCAAUGUGGGCAAUGAGGGGGAGGCUACUGACUGAGGGAGUGAAAGGUUUGGUGAAAACAUUGCAGCAUUGGUUCCUGAGGAACCUCAAGGCGGCUGUCACGGCGGAUAUGCAGAGAAAACAGAAGGGGAGCUGGCCCUUCCCCAGGGAGGCAUGGGGGGCCUACACGGAUGUGCUACAAAUGAAUACGGAGCCCGGCAGAUGGGAAUGGAGCGAUGGCUUCCGCAUUAACAGGGAAGGGGACUUACCGGACCAGGAGGAGGGGGAUCCGGCACAGACACCAGCACAGACACCAUCAGAUGAGUCUGAGCGGCCGGAAAAUGGGACAUCAGAUAGGCAGCCGGAAGAGGAACGGCCAGUUGAAGCGGAACAGAUGGAAAGUGGGACACAAGAAAGGCAGCAGACAGCGGAAAGGCCGGAGAGGGGGAGGACCCAGGAAGACGGGACACAAGAUUGUCAACAGGGGAACGAGAGACCAGAGUGGGAGAUGGCCCAGGAAUUAAGGCUGCAGCACAUGGCGCACCAGGGUACGGGUCAGGAAUUCGUGGAAAGGCUCAAGUCCUUGGAUGUAGGGCCAGGGGAUAUGGAGGAAAAUGAAUGGUGGGCGGAGCGAAUGGAGACUGCACGACAGUGGAGGGAAUGGCAGAUUGAGGAUGCGGUCUGUUGGGGCCAUCGGGAUAAGGAAGCAUGGAUACUGGUGGGGGAAAAGAUGGCUAGGCGCUUCUUUGCUGAGCUCAAGCAGAAGAAGUCUUCCAUGAUCAUGGCAGCGAUGGAGCACCCGUACGACCCGCAAGUGGGCAGGCAGGAGACUACGCGUGGCAUCCUUAAAUGUGUGACAGACUUCUAUAAGGACCUGUUUACGGAGGAGGAAGUUUGGACCGCUGAGGCCAUGGAAGCCCAGCCAGAGGAGGAGCUGUGGCGAUAUGUACAGUCUAAGCUAGAUUUGGAAAACAGCUGCAAGCUGGAGCAGGACAUUACCCCGGAGGAGGUGGAACAGGCAAUUACCGCUCUUCCGCGGCUGAAGACGCCAGGGCUUGAUGGGAUUCUCAUCGAGCUCUUUAAGGAAUUCAAGAAUUUUUUCGCCAUCCUCUUAGCGGAGGCCUAUAACGAAGCACUUCAGCGAGAAUCCCUCCUUGAGGGCUUUGCGGACUCCUGGGGGGGAGUGGAGCAAAUGGCCAUGCAAGUGGUGGCGGCGACAGCCAAGUUGAGCGCAUGGGGUACUGCUGUGCACCUUGGGGUCUUCGACAAGUCCAUUGUGAUUAAAAACUCCAUCUUCGCCACCCUCUGGUACGCAGGAGCAAUUCGUAUGCCAGGGAGACGGACCUUUGCGUACUUACGGCAGGCCAUCCAGGCGUACUUAUGGUCCAGUAAUGCAGAUGCUUUGGAUUCCAUUUGCAGAGUGGCAUGGAGAAAGCUGGUUCAGCCAAGGAGCGAAGGAGGGUUGGGGCUAUUGGAGCCACCGUUACAGAUGAUGGCACUACAAAUGCGGCACCUACUGUGGUUCCUUCUUAGAACCGUUGGAGAGCAAUGGUGCCUGUUAACUAGGCAGCACUUGGCCCACACGCUGCAUCUGCCGCCGGCAUUAGUAGAGGUAGGGCUGGCCAGCAGUAAUCUCAUUGGGCACGUGAGAAGGGGUGCAGUCUGGUCCGCCCCGCUGGGAAUGUGGAAGAAGAUUGACAUGCUCAAUGUUGAGCCUGCGACGGCGGAUGCCGUAUAUAACCAGCUGCUGUUUGAUAACAGGUUCAUCUGUGAUGAGAAUGGGGAUGUCUUCGCAUGGCAAGGGCGUCUCGGUGCAUUUGGCAGACAAUGGGCUGAGCAAGGUGUCUUUAAGAUUGGUCACCUCUGGGAUGAGGCAGCUCAUGAUUGGAAGACUGACGCAGAAAUGGCUGCAGGCCUCCCGUACCAGGUGCAAAGGAGCCAAAGGCUGAAGGAUAUCAAGCAAGCCAUCCCCACCCAAUGGGUGGACCUGCUCAGGGAGGAUAAGCUCUGCAGUGGCGAAUGGGUUAAGAAUAAAGGGGAGGACACUCCAGCCAUGAUCUACAGGGUGGAAGAGGACCGAGGAGAGGUGGUACUAGUCACCCCGUGGAAAGAGGGCACAGGGAAGUGGUAUCUUGGAGCUCGCCGGUUGACGGGGAUGUUUUGGAUGGAGGUGAUUAGGCUGAUGGCCUUGGUGACUUUCGUCCUUGUGGCUUAUUUGGUGGGGAAGUACGAGAAGGAAGCGUUGUCACUUUUGCGUGGGGUUGGCUUCACCCUUGCCCGAUGCUUGGCACAUGUUGGUGGAGAUGUUUGGCGCUUGUUGGGCGGGUUGGAUGCUUUGCUUACAACCUUGGUUGCAGAACUCGGUCACAUCUUGAUCGCGGCUCUUUCGUGGCUGUGUGCGUAUGAGGUAUCUUCCAUUUGCCUCCAUCUCGGGCACUAUUUGGCAUGUAGGUGGCGCUGGUGGCUGACUGUGGACGGUGCCUCAGGUGUGUUAGUCGCACUUUUGGUGAUUGGAGCUAGGUGCGGCCGCAGACUAGGAUCUGGUGGGCUUACACGCUCUGCUCUGAAGAGGUGGAAUCCGCUCGCACGGCUGCAGCGUUUAGAGCAGCGGUGUUUGGAGCUUGAGGCUCGCCUGGGAAGUCAGGGUCCUGCGCCUCGGGUGGAGUCGUCUUCAUCAAGUACUUCGCAAGCUCCGCAGCUGGGUGCCACAUCUGUUUGGGGGAUUGGUACAGGUAGGUACGGGUAUUACUCUAGUGACUCGGAGGCAUCAGGCGCUGCUGAAGAGGUUGAGGGUUGGGUCCUCUUCGAGAUGAAGGCGGAUGUGACGAUCAGUGCGGAGAUUAUGGCUGAUGAGAGCUUGGGAGAUGUGUGUGGUUUGGCUCAAGCACGUUUCCUCCCGCCUUUGAGGGGCUGUGUGCGUGGGGGCUGGGCGCGCGGAAGUGGUAUUGACUCAGGGGGCGUGGGGGUGCCAACUCGGCCGGUGACAUCACCGUCUCAGGACCGGAUGCGUGGGAACGCGCCUUCGGGUGCGCGGCGGGAUGAGAGUGAUAUGCGUGAUUACCCCUCGGAGUGCCGGAGAGAUGACGCCCCUGGAGUACCGAUUGAUGGAGUAGGGAUGCCGCCCUUUGUGCAGGCGGGCCAGGCGCGGUCAUCGAAUGGGGGAGUGGGGGGGUCGCAACAGGGGGGAGCGGCGGGGCAACAUCAAGAAGGUUCAACUCCGCAAAGGAUGGUGGUUCCAGGGCGAUUGCCUACUGAAGGUCGUCAAGGGCAUGAGGAUGCCAUUAUGCAGGAUGCUUCCCAGGUGCCGAUGGUGGAAAUGGGAGCGGCUGGCGGUUGGUUGAUGGAUGAAGCUGGUCCCUCUUCUCGGGUGCCUGCAGGAGGGUGGUUUAUCGAGGAACCUGCUACACGAGAGGGCAUGCUUAGGUCGCCCGUUCCAGAGGGUGAGACUACAAGAGAGAAUGGUCCUCCCCCUCAGGAGGAUAAGGCUGAUUGUCCUUUAAUGAAAACAAUUGCGGGGCCGUUACGGGGUGACAUGUGUGAUGGGAGAAGGCUCCAGGAGGAGUUUGGGGAGGGACCCUCAACUAGGAAGCACUCUCGCUCUUGUAAGUCAGCUAGGAAGGGGAAGACUCAGGGGAAGGUUGAUCUUAGUAGAAAGGGGAAGCAGCCGAUGGCGCAGGGCUCUGCUAGCUCGGAGGAGGAUGAGCCGCCUAGGAAGGUGAGAGAAGUUUGUAAGGGAGGGGUGCUGGUGAUCCCAGAGACGGAUGGGGAGCAGCCGGUGAUAAGGGGAGGGAGUUCGCCUUGUUGCCCUUCGCAGGGCAUGGGCCCCCCGUCUAAUGUGCGGUUGACUAGCCGGCCUGCGGUCCUCACGCGACUUGAACGGGUUAUUGAAGCUCGUGAUGCGGAGUUGUGGGGUCUCGGUUCAAAAUCUAAGUGGGUACAGGAUGCGGAACGCAUGUCCAGGGCUUUCUUCACCCAAAUGAAGAAGACUUCUCACUCACCGUUGAUCGUGGCAAUGGGCCACCCAUUUGAUCCGCUUGAAGCCAAAGCGGAUACUACUCCCGACAUCAUCAAGUAUGUUGAAUUGUUUUAUGAGAAUUUGUAUUGUGAAGAUGAGUGUUGGCCAGAGGAGGACAUGACGGUUGUGCCGGCUAAGGAUGUAUGGGACAAGUGUGCCACUCAGGAGUCACCUGAGCAUAAGGUUUUUUUGGAUGCACCCAUUACCCAAGAGGAAGUAGCAGAGGCGCUGUCCGGGAUGCACAAAGGUGCUUUCGGGAAGCAGUGGUUGGGAUGUGGUGUGUAUCGGGUUGUUGAUAUUUGGGACGUGCAGGGAGGUACGUGGAGGGAAGAAGGUGAGGUUUUGCGUCGAUUGGAGCAUCAACCGAAGAAGAAGGAAAGGUUGGAGGAGAUUAAACAAGUGAUUCCGCAGGAUUGGAUUGAUUGCCUCAUAACCAAGGAUCGGAUGCAAGGGGAAUGGGUUACCUUGGAAGGGCAGGGCCGUCCGGUUAUUUUCUUUCAGCUCAAAGAGAAGUUGGGUUCUCAGUGGUAUGGGGCAGAGGCUUGGGAGGAUGUCGGCCCAUGUAAGGCGCUGGGUGAUGUCCUUGUCGGACGGCCGGAGCGGGACGGUAGGCUUCAUGAGGAGUGUAUCAGGUCAGUUGUGGUGUUGAGGGAUCAGUUGAUUUCCAAGGGAGGAGGGUUUCGUGCCUUCAAGCCGGCCUACACGCCGCUCCAGCUCCUUUGGGAUCCAUCGGGUUGGGAAUGGGCACCGAGGAAUUCACUCAUGAAGCAUUGCAGAGUCCACCAGGUAACUACGAAGCCGGCGAUGUUCCAUUCAAAUUUCUGCCCUAUCAACUUUCGAUGGUAGGAUAGAGGCCUACCAUGGUGGUAAYGGGUGACGGAGAAUUAGGGUUCGAUUCCGGAGAGGGAGCCUGAGAGAUGGCUACCACAUCCAAGGAAGGCAGCAGGCGCGUAAAUUACCCAAUCCUGACAUAGGGAGGUAGUGACAAUAAAUAACAAUACUGGGCUCUUUCGAGUCCGGUAAUUGGAACAAAAACAUUCGUAAACU